UUGAGGCAGUACAGUUGUUUAUGAAUCAAAUGUGUUCAAAGAGCGGCAUCAUAUAAAUAGAUGUACAGUAUUUGAAGAAAGAGAGGGUUAUCUGACGUUUAAUCUACAAUUAAACGUUAGAAGUUUGAUCAUUAGUUUUAACUCAAGUAAUGAAAGAUAAACAUAUUUUUCCUAAAUACUUGUUUUCAACUAAAAAGAAGUCAUGGAUAUAUGCAACGGGAGAAGGCGAAAUAUAAGAACCCCAAGAAGUCUGCGGGCUUUCAAAAGGCUGGUUGAAGCACAGAACGCCAAAAUGAAGACGAAACGGGAGGUAAAACGAGAGGUGGUCAAAGUAUUGAGGGCGCUGGUGGUAGGGAACAACAACAACAACGAAGACAUCGAUGUCCCUAUAGAGGAGGACUGUUUCUCUAUGAACUAUUCCAAGAACGAGAACCUGGAACAUGCUAUAGUUAUGGCACCACGCUACAAUCUGUUGCGGGAGGUAGGAAGGGGCAGCUAUGGGGUAGUGUUCGAGGCAAUUGCUCUGAGGACUGGGGCAAGGGUAGCGGUUAAAAAACUGCAGUGCAACGCUCCCGAAAAUGUGGAACUCGCUCUGUCCGAAUUCUGGGCCUUGGCAAGCCUGGAGACGAAGCACGAGAAUGUGGUGCAGCUCGAGGAAUGUGUACUACAAAGGAAUGGCAUGGCCCAGAAAAUGAGUCAUGGAAAUAAAAGGUCCAAACAAUACCUGCGGUUGGUGGAGACUUCACUAAAAGGUGAGCGGAUUCUGGGCUACCCAGAGGAGCCGUGCUACCUGUGGUUCGUCAUGGAGUUCUGCGAGGGCGGGGACCUCAACCAGUACAUCCUGUCACGGCGACCCGACCCGCGCACCAACAAGAGCUUCAUGCGCCAGCUGACCAGCGCCGUGGCCUUCCUGCACAAGAACAACAUUGUGCACCGCGACCUCAAGCCCGACAACAUCCUCAUCUCCCAGAAGUCGGGCUUUCCUGUGCUCAAAGUGGCCGACUUCGGCCUCAGCAAGGUCUGCGCUGGCUUGGGCGCCGGUGGCAAAGACGGCGAUGAGCAUCCCACAGCUGGUGGCGGGGGCAGCGGCGACAACAAGAACGUGAACAAGUUCUGGCUGUCGUCGACUUGCGGCUCGGACUUCUUCAUGGCACCCGAGGUGUGGGAGGGCCAUUACACGGCCAAGGCGGACAUCUUCGCCCUGGGCAUCAUCAUCUGGGCCAUGCUGGAGCGGAUCACCUUCAUCGACGCUGAGUCGAAGCGCGAGCUGCUGGGCACCUAUGUGCGGCAGGGCAGCGAGAUCGUGCCGGUGGGCGAGGCGUUGCUGGGGAACCCCAAGAUGGUGCUCCACAUCCCGCAGAAGACACGCAGCACCAUGUCGGAGGGGGUGAAGAAGCUGCUGCAGGACAUGCUGGCGGUCAACCCCCAGGACCGGCCCGACGCCUUCCAGCUGGAGGUGCGGGUGGACCAAGUCACGUGUGCUGCGUGACACCGCUCCCAUUCCCCUUUCCAACCCCUGGUCAGUCAGAGAAGGGACUGCUCUUUUACCAGAUUUGUUUACUAACUGAAGGUGGGAUCACACGUCUGUACAGAGGUGUAAAAAGGGACUCUGAGCAUCUCUGAACUGUGAAACCUCCACUAUUGCUCCCAGAUAUGAAAAAAAUGGAGGGUUUGCGGUCAGCGCUACUAAAAUGAGGACACCAUUAUCGGGAAAGCUAUGCAAUCAAGUCAUAUGGGAAGUCAGUCCUCUCCCCUUCCCCCACCGCACCUUCUAUUUUAAAUUUGGAAUGUUGUUACCAAAAAGGCGAAAGACAUUCACCAAUGGACGACGAUCAGGUAUACCAGAACACGAAGUGUUCCUUGGCACACCUGAUUUGGAAUGGGGGCGGCAGUAGCCUCGAGGUUGGAGAAGCAGGUCAGCAUCCGGAGGGUUGCUGGUUCGAAUCCCACUGCUUAAGAGGGCAAAAAUCUGGUGGGAGUGAGCCGGCAACCAGAGGGUUGCUGACAUCAAUGUCUCAGGUGCCACCUACCUCUCCAACCUAAUGUGUGUUUGUGUGGAUGUGUGUGUAUAUCCAGGGGGUUAGAUAAAAUGUCCAUCCUGUAUGGACUAAUAAAGUAUAUCUUAUCUUAAUGGCCACAAGGAGUAAUAAUGAUUGUUAUUUGAUAAGCUGGUCUUCAAAAUACAUUUUUCUCAAUGUUUUUAUUUUAUUUUCAUUGGUCCGGACAUGGACUGGGACUUCCUUCUUCUCCGAUGUUGACGUGUGUUGGAUUGGGCCACAUAGGCUAGUAUGGAUGGAUAAUCUGUCAUGUAUAGACCGGAGAGGAUAACAUGUUGCACUGUGUACCUGCUAUACCAGAGUUUUAAAAAGUAUUCCUAAAUCGACUGAUGAAAAUGAUGUAGAAGGGACUUAACUUGUAUACUGUGAAUUGGAAAUGUGAAUUCAAUUCAAUACAACUUUAUUUAUAGACAAUUUAGAAAGGUGGGUUAUAUUGGGUAGUUCAGUACACAGCGCCCCAUGUCCCCGAUCCUCAAUGUGGACACAUGGCACUAGUAUCAACCAAGCGGCAUCAACACAACACCCCUGUUCCCCUCCCUCUACACCCUUGUGCCUUAUUAGAACGUCAUCAAAUGGAGGGGUAACCAAUUUGAUUCCCAAAUAAUGUGAUUUUUACAUGCAGUAUAUCAUUUCCCCUUGGUAGCAGGCCUAUAUAAUAUGAUAAUAUGUUGUGCAUUUGAAGCCAAACGGUGCCAUCUCACUAUGUCGUGGUCCUCUGUAGCUCAGCUGGUAGAGCACGGCGCUUAUAACGCCAAGGUAGUGGGUUCGAUCCCCGG